ACUGUGAUUGCUGUUUGGACUGGACCUGUUGUUGAGGGAAAAAGAACAUGCUGAGUUGAUGUUAGGCUAGUUGCAUGCCCUUUGAUUUGCAGAGAGACUUGUGUUUAGUAUUAGACAUGGAGAGCUUUGUGCACACAGGGACCUUCCUCCUACUUGUAAUAACACAGUUGUCAUUAACAGUGGCACAAGAAGAAGUGUGCUCACAUGAAGGGAAAGUGUUUAACAACAGAGACAUCUGGAAACCAGAGCCGUGCAGAAUCUGCGUUUGCGACACUGGGAACAUCCUCUGUGACGAAAUACCGUGUGAUGAUGUAGACUGCCCGGAUGCUGAGAUCCCCUUUGGAGAAUGCUGUCCUAUAUGUCCAGAAACUCCCACUAAUGGUAUUAAACCCAAAGGACCAAAAGGGGAUCCAGGUCCGGCCGGGCCACCUGGAAGAAAUGGUUAUCCAGGACCUCCUGGUCCCCCUGGACUUCCAGGCCUACCCGGCGGUGGUAGCAGCGGGUCUGGUGGGUAUGGUCCUCCAGUAGGAUGGGAUUUCAAAGGCCUCAGUGGUGGUGGUGGUGGUGGGGCAUAUGGGAUAGUUAGUCAACCGGGCCUUCAAGGACCGAGAGGCAUUCGUGGAUCACCUGGGUCACCUGGUUCUCAAGGUUAUCAAGGCCCAGCAGGUGAGCCCGGGUCACCUGGCUCCAGUGGUUCACAAGGUCCUCCUGGUCCAUUGGGUCCACCUGGGUUACGAGGAAAGGAUGGUGAUUCUGGGAGAGCAGGGAGACCUGGCGAGCCUGGACCUCCAGGUCUUACAGGUCCCCAUGGCCGACCAGGAAUGUCUGGCAUGCCUGGAAUGAAGGGUCACAGAGGUUUUGAUGGACGUAAUGGAGCUAAAGGUGAAACUGGAGCUCAUGGCUUGAAGGGUGAAGUCGGGGCUCCUGGAAACAAUGGUGUUCCUGGCCAGAUGGGUUCUCGUGGCCUCCCUGGUGAGAGAGGACGUGCUGGAAAUCCAGGAUCUUCUGGCAGUCGUGGUCACGAUGGAUUACCUGGCAAAGAUGGCACAGCAGGUCAAGAUGGCAAACCUGGCUCACCUGGUUUUCCAGGAAUCGCAGGUCAUAAGGGUGAGUCUGGCACACCAGGUUCUCGGGGAUUUAAUGGUAUUCCAGGGAAAAUGGGAGAACCAGGACACCAGGGUCCCUCCGGAACUCCGGGUACACCUGGCAAUCGCGGAAAAGAUGGAUCGCCUGGUUCCAGAGGUUCAAUGGGUCCUUCUGGUAUUCCUGGCAACCCUGGUGGUCCAGGUCCUAUUGGCCACCCAGGUUCCUCAGGGGCUGUCGGAGGUCCUGGACCUAGAGGUUUACCGGGUGAAAGUGGCAAACCUGGAGCAAAUGGCAGUCCUGGUUCCAAGGGUGAAAGUGGUGCAACUGGAACUCCAGGUGUCCCUGGUUCUUCUGGAGAAGAAGGUAAAGCAGGUCCACCUGGUGAGAAAGGGUCUUCUGGUCCAAAUGGUCUUCCUGGUGAGAGGGGAUCACCUGGGAUGAAUGGAAUUCCAGGUCCCGGUGGACUUCCUGGUGAAAAGGGUCCUGCUGGAAGCAUUGGAUUACCCGGUCCUUCUGGUCCUAAAGGUAGCUCUGGUGAUUCAGGACGCCCUGGAGAUCCUGGCAUCCCUGGGCAAAGAGGAAUACAAGGAAGUCCAGGACACGCAGGAAAAGGUGGUCUACCUGGACCACAGGGUCUAUCUGGUGAGAGGGGUGGUCCAGGUCCUGAUGGUAGACCAGGUUCAAGAGGACAACCAGGGGUGAUGGGGUUUCCUGGCCCAAGGGGUGGUGAUGGUCAAUCUGGCAAGAAUGGUGAGAGAGGUCCUCAGGGAUCAGCUGGUGUCCGAGGUCUACCAGGCAAAAGUGGUGAUAUUGGUCUUCCUGGUCCCAGCGGACUUUCGGGACCGACUGGUGAACGAGGAGAGCCAGGGGCUCCAGGUUCUCCAGGAUUCCAGGGUCUAACUGGUACUUCAGGUCCUCCUGGUGAAAACGGCAAGCCUGGGGAUCCAGGUCCCUCUGGUACAAAUGGUCUCCCGGGUCCAUCAGGUUCCAAAGGUGAGGCUGGCAAUUCAGGUGAACGUGGAGUCCAGGGUCUUCCAGGACCUUCAGGAUUACGAGGUUUUCCUGGUUCUAGUGGACCAGCAGGAUCCAAGGGUCCCAUUGGGCCUGCAGGUCCUCCAGGUUCAAUAGGAGCUUCAGGAUUGCAAGGUAUGCCAGGUGAAAGGGGAGGUCCAGGUGACCAAGGUGUUAAAGGUGAAAAAGGAGAACUUGGUACUAGAGGUCCUGAUGGCAUGCCUGGCAAAGAUGGUAGUAGAGGUUCCCAAGGUCCUACCGGUUUACCAGGACAACAUGGAUCCAUAGGACAAAGAGGUGAGCCUGGCUCUGCUGGUGGUCCUGGCCCUGUUGGUGCUCGUGGCAGUCCUGGUGAACGAGGAGAACCUGGUUCCAAAGGACCUAGUGGAUUUCCUGGGACUCCAGGUCUUGAUGGGCAGGCUGGCCCAAAAGGCUCAAUUGGGAAUUCUGGUCCAAAAGGUAAUUCCGGCUCUCAAGGACUUCCUGGCCCCAGCGGGUCUCCUGGUCAAAUGGGUCUUCCUGGAUCAGCGGGUCCAAAAGGCAGCCGUGGCUCCUCGGGUGCUCCUGGCGCUGGUGGUUUUCCUGGUUCACCUGGUAGAAUUGGACCUCCUGGCAUAUCAGGUUCCACAGGAUCACCUGGACCUCCAGGCAUAUCUGGCAAAAUUGGUCUUCCUGGUUCAAGUGGCAAAACUGGCAAGGAUGGUAGUCCUGGGUCACAGGGUAUCAAAGGUGUGCCUGGUGAUCCUGGUGAAAGAGGUGCCCCUGGUAAAGAUGGGCUUGUGGGUCCUUCUGGCAUGGUUGGUCCAUUGGGGCUGAUUGGAUCAAGAGGUAUGCCAGGAACAAGAGGUGUAAUGGGACUCCAAGGUAGUCCAGGGCUGCAAGGUUUACAGGGCGAACCUGGCAAACUAGGUAGUCCCGGUAGUCCUGGUGAACGAGGAUCUACUGGCCCAAUCGGACUCCCUGGUAUUAGCGGUCCCCCUGGUGGGAGUGGAAGAGAUGGUAACUCUGGUGCUGAUGGUGUUCCUGGGCGUGAUGGAGGUCCAGGCCCUAAGGGUAAUCGAGGUGAGCCUGGCACUUCAGGUCACCAAGGUGCUCCAGGUAUGCCUGGUCCCCCAGGUCAGACUGGCCAAGCUGGCAAACAAGGCAACAAAGGGGAAUCGGGUAAUUCAGGCUCGGAUGGUCGUCCGGGUUCACCUGGGCCUUCAGGACAUCCAGGAUCUCAAGGUCAUCCAGGACCAAAGGGUGAAAGAGGGCAGCCUGGGGGAAUGGGCAUCAAAGGUCACCGUGGAAUUCCUGGUGGACCAGGUCUACCAGGGCCACCUGGUUCCUUUGGUGAAUUAGGUCAACCUGGAAAUCCUGGAUCUCAAGGUGCCAGAGGUCCUUCAGGUAAAACUGGUCCUCCUGGUAAAGAUGGCAUCAGCGGGUAUCCUGGCGCCAUGGGUCCUCCCGGUCCCAGGGGUACACGAGGUGAAUCUGGCACUCCUGGGCCUCAUGGUGAAAAAGGUAUCCCUGGUUUCCCUGGGUCACCUGGUCCUCCUGGGCCCUGCUGUGGAGCGGCAAUAAGUGGAGUGCCUUCUGGCGAGAAGGGUGUGCCAUAUGGGUAUUACAACGACCAGCCCGGAGAUGCCAAGAAGCAACAGGAUGCAGAGGUAAUAGCGACCCUGAAAUCACUAAACGGACGGAUAGAUGCCAUGGUGAGCCCUGACGGAUCACAGAAGAAUCCAGCCCGAAGUUGCCGUGACCUAAAAUCCUGCCACCCGGAAUUUAACAGUGGAGAGUACUGGAUUGAUCCCAACCAAGGCUGUAAAUUGGACGCCAUCAAGGUGCACUGCAACAUGGAGACUGGGGAGACCUGCAUGCACCCUAACCCUGCGAACAUCCCACGUAAGAGCUGGUGGUCAAACAGAGGCAGCCAUGAGAUGAAGCAUGUGUGGUUUGGAGAGUCUAUGGAUGGCGGCUUUCAUUUCAGCUAUGGUGACCAGGGCGUGGAUGAAGACGUUGCUGAAAUCCAAAUGGGAUUCCUUCGUCUGCUUUCCGUUCGAGGUUCCCAGAAUAUAACAUACCACUGUAAGAAUAGCAUUGCAUACCUGGAUGCUGAAGCUGGAAAUGUCAAGAAGGCUUUAAGGCUGAUGAGCUGGUCUGAUUCUGAACUCAAGGCUGAAGGAAACAGCAAAUUGAAGUAUGGGAUCCUUGAAGAUGGAUGCAGUAAGCACAGUGGAGAGUGGGGCAAGACAGUCAUUGAGUUUAGAACACGGAAGACUAUUCAUUUGCCUCUUGUGGACAUUGCUCCCAUGGAUAUCGGUGCUGAGGACCAGGAAUUUGGCAUUGACAUUGGCCCUGUCUGCUUCUUGUAAUAUUUAGGAUUAUUUCAAUGCAAUUGUUUCCCGUUCUACUAAAAAAAAACGGACACUGAACUCAUCCAUCUCUUUACUGCAUCUAUCUACAUGCAUAUGUUUUGAUACCCCCAUCAAGACUGAAUUAACCUGCAAUCAUUAUUUAUAGUUUUUAAUUAAGACAAUAAAUUGUGAGAAAUAUCAAAAUGGAAGAGCUGCAGCAAGAGAAUUCUGCCAAACAUAAGGAUACAAGUGAGCAUUUGCACACGGUGCUUAGCGCUGGGUUAAAUCAGCAAAGAUUCCUUUACCCAGCACAACUUGAUGAAAGUCAUAACCUGAUGGAGCUUCCCCAGUUUCAACUACCUCAUAAUGGACAGAAACUGCAAUAGGUUUUAAUGCUCCCAGGAGGAUCCAUGCACUACACUGGGAAGCUGAGUAUGCACAGGGUUACAACAACAACUUGCACUUAUAUAGCUCCCUCCACACAGGGCAGCGUCUCCGAGUGCUUGAAUACAGAUCAUACAAGGAUGAUUCAACCACAGGUGUAAGUUUGUAGGUAGUUAUCACUGAUGCUCCUAGGUGACUAAACUGAAGCAAAUGUUAAAAUAUCCUGAAGUUCACUGUUACUCACUGGUGUUCCCUUCUGUUUUUUAUUUUUAUUGAAUUGGUGCUAUUAAAGGAACAGAUAUUCUAAAGUUGGUCAAAAAAACUUUUUGAUCAAUUCCUUGUUUAAGUAUAUUCACUUACUGAUCAGUAUUGUCACCAUUUUACCAGCUUUCCACACAUCAACCAUUUUCUAUAUUAUUGUCAAUAAUAAUCAAGUGGAUAAAGGAAAGGUUUCAACUUAUUUUUUUACUGAUACUAACCUCAAUCUAUAGAGGAAAGGCCAAACUUUUUUAUUCUAUCAUGCUAUUGUACACGUUUGGUUGUCAUAAAAGGAACAAAUAAAAUUUUAUUGAAAAAUC